CGUACUGCCAUUGUUGUACUACUAUUUGAUCCGCGAUGUCCGACAUUACCGAGCCACAGAAUCCAAAGUCUUUCGAUGCUGAGAAAGAGGCAAUCGGGACUCUUCUGGACCGUCCCGCUUCUAUCAGAGCUGGCAAAAUCGAUGACCUCCAGGACGAUGAUCAAUUCGAGGUGUUCAAAAAAGGCGAAGGAAAUGUAGACUUCCGUACAGUCGGAUGGAUCAAAGCAGCCGUGAUCUUUCUCAAGAUCAUUUUUGCCACCGGUGUCCUCGCCAUCCCGUCCGCGUACGCCAGCCUAGGUGCUCUACCCGGAGCUCUCAACGUACUUGGCUGGUGUGCCCUAAACACCUAUACGGGCAUCAUCCUGGGAGACUUCCGAAACAGACACGCUGGCUGUCAUUCUGUCGCCGAUAUGGCCGGUGUCAUCGGAGGUCCGAUCCUACGUGAAGGAACAGGAGUGUUGUUCGCCCUGGCAUAUAUCAUCUGUGCUGCUUCGGGUAUCAUCGGCUCGAGUGCCGCUCUGAACGCUCUCUCCGAGCAUGCUAUAUGUACGAUGUGGUUCGCAUUCAUCAUCACUAUCGUAGUCGCCAUCACGGCGAGUGCUAGGAAGUUCGAGACCAUUGGGUGGUUUACCUGGGCUGGAUUUUUCAGCGUGUUCGUCGCUGUGUUUAUCGUUGUGGUCGGUGUGACGGUCGUUGACAGACCAGCCGCAGCUCCGAAGACAGGAGACUUCGAUCUCGGAUACCAUAUCAUUGGUCAUCCGACCUUUGCGGGUGGUAUCACUGCUGCCUUGAACAUCUUCUCCUCAAGUGCAGGUACUUCUGCCAUGCUUCCAGUCAUAUCCGAGAUGCGAAACCCCAAGGACUACAAGAAGUCACUGUACCUCUGUAUGGGCUUCGUUACUGCUGCGUACCUUGCGUUCAGUCUGGUUGUUUAUGCAUACUGCGGUCAGUGGAUUGCAUCGCCAUCGCUCGGGAGUGCUGGUCCCCUCAUCAAGAAGAUCGCCUACGGAAUCGGCCUCAUUGGGCUCAUCGUUACGCCAUGCUUGUAUACACAUGUGGCAGCAAAAUACUGCUUUGUCAGAAUCCUGCGAAACAGUCAACACUUGCAACGGAGCACAUUCGUCCAUUUCGCAACCUGGCUCGGCUGCACCCUUGUGCUCUCCGCUCUCGCGCUCAUCCUCGCCGCUGCGAUUCCCAUCUUCGAUUACAUCAUAGCUCUUGCUGGGAGUGUGUGCUUUGCUCCUUUAGCGCUCACGUUACCUGCCGCGCUUUGGAUGUAUGAUUUCGCCGGGUAUAGGACUGGUACCAUACUCCAGAAAGGCGCAUUCUAUGCACAUGCUCUAAUGUUCGUCCUGGGUAUCUUUAUGACCGUGGGCGGAACAUACGGAACUGUAGCCUCUAUUGUUGAUGCCUACGCUCAAGGUACUGUCGGGUCGGCAUUCUCGUGUGCAGAUAACAGUGGCUCUGUCAAAUGAUGUCAAUUUGGCCGAUGAGCAAGGUCAUUGGGGAGGGUCGAGAGGUUGUCCAUAGAUCAGAAUGAUUGUUCGCGAUACGCGCCCUGAUAGCAAUACAAUCAAUACUGCCUGGCGAAGUCCUUGUUUUUCCAUUUAAAUAACAAAUUCU